AUGGAUAAUAAUUUAUCACCUGAGCACUUCCAUUUGAUUCGUAAAGUUCUUCGUGAAGGUCCACAGAAUGCAGAAGAUAGACCUUUGAAGCGAAAGAGACGUAGAGUACGUGACUAUGGAUCGAACGAAUCAAAACCAGCGGUAACUAUAUCCAUUGAUUCAUCUUCUGAUCCUGAACCUCAGGCUGAAGUUGUUGAUUUGGAUUCACCUCCAGAAAGUAAUUAUCCGGAGAAGGAUGAUGAUUUGGAAGAUGACUACGGCGAGGAAGAUUAUAGAAGUGAUGAGUUUGAGGAUGUUACGGAACCUGCAACGUCUGAUGAUAUUGGAGAUGUAUCAGUGACCAUUGAAUCAACAAGUAAGAAGAUCAAGAACAAUAAUAGAGUCAAGAAUCUUUGUUCCAACGAGGAACGCCGUUGGCGAAGAUACUAUCACAUGGCGUACCUUGCCUGUCUUAUGGUGCAUGGCGCAGAUGUAAAUGAAUGGGUCAAUAAUGCCAAAUUAUUAAGGCGCUUGAGUAAACUUAUACCGGAAUCUUUGUUCAGUUUAUUACACCCUGAAAAGGAUGAAGAAAUGCCUUUGAGAAGCACCAGAAAACUACUCGAUGGGUUACGUAAAUGUAUGGAAUUGUGGCAAAAGCAUUGGAAGGUGAAGAGAAGGUAUACUGGGCUUGAAUAUUACAUGAGAGACUGGCAAGAAAUAAGUGGCAAACCAAAUUUAAAGAGAAAGUUCACGGAAAAGGAUUUUGUACGACAGGUGCUUAAAGGUCAUGGUAAUUGCGAUCUAGCAACUCAGGGAUUUGUCGCUCUUCUAAGGUCAUGCAAUGUUAAUGCAAGGUUAAUCAUGUCUUGUCAACCGCCAGACUUUACCAAUUUGAAGAAACGUGAACCGACUUCCACUAGGGAUUAUUCUUAUGAAAGCGUCUUCAAAUAUCCAAUAUUUUGGUGUGAGGUUUGGGACAAGUUCAGUAAAAAAUGGAUUACGGUAGAUCCAACAAAUUUGCAAACAAUUGAACAGGUAAGAAAUGGUUCAAAGCUUGAACCACGGGGUGUGUCAUGCUGUAAAAGAAACCUUUUAAGAUAUGUGAUAGGAUUUGAUAGAAAAAAUGGCUGUAAGGACGUUACUAGGCGGUACGCCUCGUGGUACAAUUCAAAGUGCCGUAGGAGACGUAUCACAAAUAAUGAAUCAGGAUCUGAAUGGUUUGAUAAAGUAAUUAGGGCACUACACAGAAGGAAAAGGACAAAGAUUGAUGAUUACGAAGAGGAAUAUUUUAAUCAAAGAGAUGUAGAUGAAGGAAUGCCAGAUAAUUUGCAGGAUCUGAAAAACCACCCCAAAUAUAUUCUUGAAAAGGACUUGAGGAAUAAUCAAAUUUUGAAGCCAAAUUGUAAGGAAUGUGGCUACCUGAAUGUGGGCAAUGGAAAGCAAAUUUUGAAGGUCUAUGACAGAAGGGAUUUGAUAGAUUUAAAGAGUGCAAAACAGUGGUAUAUGGAGGGUAGAGUACUAAAAAUUGGUAGCAGGACUCGUAAAAAGGUAAUGAAAUCGAACAGAGGUGCAAGGUAUAAGAAUACUGAUGGUGCGCCUGAAGAAGAAAGACUAUACAGUGUCGAAGAUACUCAGGUUUAUAAUCCGCCACCGGCAUCUGUUCCAGACGGGAAAAUUGAAGUGAACGCUUAUGGAAACAUCGAAGUCUUCACUCCGACGAUGAUUCCUGCAAACUGCUGCCUAAUCGAAAGCCCAAAUGCGAUCAAGGCGGCUAAAUUCGUUGCUGUUGAGUAUGCGCGUGCCGUAACUGGUUUCAAGUUUGAGAGAGGAAAUGCAUCAAAACCGAUUAUUGGUGGUGUAGUAGUGGCCAAAUGGUUUAAGGACUCAGUUGUGAGUGCAAUCGAGGGUAUUGAGUAUGUAAGCGAAACGGAGGAACGCGAAAAACAUGAGCUCAGUGCUCUUAAUGACUGGAAUGUGCUAUUAAUGAAGAUACGAAUUAAGAGAAACUUGAAUCUAACGUACGGUAACGUUCAAGAACAGGUUGAGGUUGAGAGUGACGAAGAUCAAUCAAGUGACGAAGCACCUGGUGGAGGUUUCUUCCCAAGCGCUAACGCGCAUAACGAAGAAGCUAAACCUACAGCUAUCGAUUCUGAUGAGGCAGAGUACAUGGAUCGAGACCGAAUGGGUGGUUUCAAAGAUGGCAAAAAACAAACUCAAGAGUUGGGCAACAAAUCUUUUGAAAGUGGAGGUUUCAUAGCACCCGAGAAAGAGAAAUCUGCGACUGCAACUGAAGAAUCAACUGUUGAGCAGGAUGAUAAUGAGAAUUACGAGCAGUUCAUGGAAGAGCUAGGGUUUUCGGAUAAAGAAUAA